AUGUCUCCUGAAAAACCGACACCGCAGCAUACGCCCCGGACACCCAAAGAAACUCCGUUGAGAACGCCCAGACAGACUGCCACCGCUACUCCGAGAUCAGUCAGACGAUCGACGAAGCCUGCGACUCCAAAGAUUGCUGCUAAACGGACUCCAAAACGGACUCCAAAACAGACACCAAAACGGCCACCGCACAGUACGCCGGGGACUACCAAUUCCACCAUAGUCGAUCCCCCUAAAAGAAGACCUGGACGUCCAAAAAGAGCUCCCGAGCCUCAAACGCCCAUCAUUCCUAAUUCGCCCGAGUUUUCUGACGAGUCGCGCGACUCUUCAGCCGAGCCCGGCUCUCCUGUGGCUCCAGGAACUCCUCCGGCGCCCGCUUACUACGAUUAUGUCGACCAGGAGGUACUUGCAGCGACACGGAAGCGGGUGACCCAGCAACAUAGAGAAAAGGUGAUGGAACGCCGCUCGCAAACAAUGGAAUCGCAGAGGUCUGUUCAGGACAAGAGACGACGCACAACCGGCUACCUGGAGAUUAAAUACGGCCGAGUUCCACAUAAUAAGACCAAAUUAAUAACAUUGGACGUUAUCAAACAGGCGUUGGUCGAUCGCCUCGAAAGCAACGACGUUCCAGCGGAAGCUGUUGGUGUGCAGCGCAAGAAAGCAGCACAGUUUCUGCGCAACUAUAAGGAUUAUAUCGAUAGACAUUUUUCUCGUCUUAUCGAUACAUAUCUUACAAACAACCUGAUUCUGACCGAACUUUCGGAAUUGAACAAACUCAAGAACGAGAAACGGAACAGAAUAUACGAAAUCAGACAGCAGCGACGCGAGGUCAGCAUGAAAUUGAAUAGCUUGCGACAGAAAUACCUGCAAAAAAGCGAGAACCACCGCAAUAAGAUGAGAGUGUACAAGCAGCUGCGCAGCGUGAAGACAAACGAGGGAAAACGGCCUCCUGCAAUUUCAAGGCUUUUGCGGCUGCGACGAGUCAUCGACCCUCAUUUUGGUGUGGUGGACAAACUACAAAUAUUGAACGAAUUAUUACGGGAAGUAUAA